GCCAACUAAUCCAACCUUGAGGUUCACUCACUCCCUACUUAUACUAACUUCGCAUCCACUACUCUCCCACUCCAACAGACUUUCAGCUAUAGCUUAGCUUACCUUCUUCUUUCAGCUGAUCACCAUCACUACUCGCUCUCACUCACUGCUAUUUGUAUAAAUCACAGAUUCUGAAUAUUUUUAAUUUCUUCAAUGGAAUCCAAAGAUUACACCCAAGAUGGCACUGUCGAUCUUCGUGGCCAGCCCGUCCUCACUUCGAAAACUGGCAAAUGGAAAGCUUGUGCUUUUCUAGUUGGGUAUGAAGCAUUUGAGAGAAUGGCCUUCUACGGAAUAGCUGCGAAUCUAGUGGUUUACUUGACAACACAAUUUCAUGAAGACACGAUUUCAUCAGUGAGGAAUGUCAACAACUGGUCUGGAUCGGUUUGGCUGACACCAAUCUUUGGUGCCUACAUAGCAGAUGCUUACCUUGGUCGCUUCUGGACCUUCACUUUGUCGUCUCUCAUUUAUGUCAUGGGAAUGGUACUUCUGACAAUGUCAGUGUCAAUUAAAUUUUGGAAACCAACAUGCACAAAUGGGGUAUGCAAGGCCUCAUCAUCCCAAACAGCAUUCUUCUACUCAGCUCUUUACAUCGUAGCAGUUGGUGCUGGUGGAACAAAACCCAACAUCUCCACCUUUGGUGCAGACCAGUUUGAUGACUUCAACCCCCAUGAAAAGAAGCUCAAGGUCUCUUUCUUCAAUUGGUGGAUGUUCAGCUCCUUGACUGGUGGACUCGUAGCCACCCUUGGCCUUGUCUACAUUCAAGAGAACUUGGGUUGGGGUUUAGGGUAUGGUGUCCCUACAGUAGGACUCAUUGUGUCCUUAUUGAUAUUCUACAUUGGUGUUCCUACUUAUAGGCACAAGGUUAGGAAGACAAAGAGCCCAGGUGAAGACAUGGUUAAAGUCAUUGUCAAUGCAUUUGCCAACAGGAGGGUCAAGGUCCCUAGCCAACCAUCUGAGCUUCAUGAGUUUGGGCUGCAACAUUACAUCAAUUGCAGGAAGAGGAAGGUCCACCACACCCCUAAUUUUAGGUUUUUGGACAAGGCUGCAAUCAAAGAAGGUAACCCUAAUUCCUCAAGGCCUCCAUGCACAGUGACCCAAGUAGAAGGAACCAAACUCAUCUUAAGCAUGUUCAUGAUAUGGUUAGUAACCCUAAUCCCGAGCACCAUAUGGGCACAAGUCAACACCCUUUUUGUCAAACAAGGCACCACCUUGGACCGCCGCCUCAGCUCCACCUUCCAAAUCCCUGCAGCCUCCCUUGGCAGCUUCGUGACCAUCUCAAUGCUCCUCUCUGUUCCCAUGUAUGAUCGUUACUUCAUCCCUUUCAUGCGUAAGAGGACCGGAAACCAACGUGGCAUCACUCUCCUCCAGAGGCUUGGCAUCGGGUGUAUCAUCCAAAUCAUAGUCAUUGCCAUUGCAUACAUAGUUGAAGUCAAAAGAAUGCGUGUCAUCAAAGUCAAUCAUGUCACAGGGUCUAAAGAGAUAGUUCCAAUGAGCAUUUUUUGGUUAUUGCCGCAAUAUGUUCUAUUAGGGAUAGCCGAUGUGUUCAAUGCCAUUGGAUUGCUUGAGUUUUUCUAUGAUCAGUCACCGGAGGACAUGCAGAGCCUUGGGACGACUUUUUUUACUAGUGGGAUUGGAGUUGGGAAUUUUUUGAAUAGCUUUCUGGUGACAGUGGUGGAUAAGAUUACAGCAAGGGGUGGUAAAGGGAAGACUUGGAUUGGGAACAAUUUGAAUGAUUCACAUUUGGAUUUCUAUUAUUUGUUUCUUUUGGUCAUAUCUACACUUAAUAUAGGGGCUUUUUUGUGGGCAUCAAAGGUGUACGUGUAUAAGAGAGAGUGUACAGAAGUGGAUAAGGAAGGAUUUGUUCAAAUGGAGGGUCAAACAUUGGCCACAUCUCCAUUAAAAGUAUGAUAAUGGUUGGAGAUGGUGGGGGUAGUAGAACAUGUAUUCAAGAAAAUGAAGGAUAAGCUCUGUAAUAUUCAAGUGUAAUUUGAUGUUUUUAAGAAUUUAAUGCUACUUUGGCAGUUUUAGGGUUA